UUUUGAAGAAGAAGAAGAAAAUUGUUAAUAUUUUCAAGAUUGUUUGCUACUGAAGUGAUAUAAAAAAUAUAAUCUUGAUGGAGUCUGAGAAACCUGCAAAACGUCUUUUACCUUCACCAAACUUUAGCUGGAAGGAAAAAGAAACUAACAUAAAAACAAAAAACAAUUUUUUACCAUCAUCCGCAAUUUCGUUGUUAAAAAGUCGCAAACAUGGCUCAACAUAUCCCGAUGAAUAUUCGGAUCAAUCAUCUAACACACAAAUAAAUGAGAUUCGAAAAACUGAGAAACAACAUUGUGAAUCAUGUGAACUUGACUUCCAAUCACCUGAGGAUUUGAAAGUUCAUCGAUUGCAGCACGAGAAAUGUCCCGUAGAUAGUUGUAAAUUUUGGGGUCAUUCUACGAUCAUGGAUAAACACGUUCUCGUUCUUCAUUCAUCAGGUUUAUUUGACAAAUUCAAAAAGCUAAGCACGCCGGAAGAGAUUGCUACUUGGAGGGAAGAAAGACGACGACGUUAUCCUACUGUUGCUAAUGUUCUCCUAAAGCAAAAGGCUCUCGAACAAAAACAAAAAAGAGGAGAACGUUUAGAGAUUAAUAAAAGUCGCUUUGGAAGGGCGGAAAGUCGUAAACGGACCAAACCCUGGAUUAGUAAAGAGAACUCGGCAAAUGAAGACUUACCACGAAGGAGCAAUUUCAAAAAGCGAAGAAAGCAACAAAAAGAUACAAAACCAAAAAGCAGCAAUGUCAAAACAAAAUUACAUCAACCUCCAAAGCAAACUCAGGAACAAAUUGAACAUGGAAAGGAAGACUUGCGCAUAGUAUGCGCAUUCGAAGGUACGGCCAAAAUGGAGGACUAUAAGCAUUUUAGUCAAAAAAGAACUAAUGCGAAUGUUUUGUACAAUCUAUUGGGCAUGUAUGGCUCCGAUUCUGAAAGCGAAAAUUGUGACAAUGAAGCGUCGGUCCAGCCCAAUUGUUCUAACUCUAUGUGUAUAGAAAAUGUAGCAACGUCAGUUAGUAAUAAUAAUGAAUGUGUUAAUUCAAGUGAAGGGCAAGGAAAAAAUGCUAGUUUCCAUGUUAAGGAGAAAGGGAACGCUUCACAAAAUUUAACGACUAAUUUUGAAACUGAUAGCAAGCAAAAUGUGAUUGCGAUUAAUGCGGGGGAAUGUACGGCAGAAAACGAAGACAGGGUUGUGCAAGAAGAUCUCUCUCCAAAAUUUAACCAGCCCACUACCCAAAAUGCUAAAGUGAAAUCGGAAGGAGAUUUCCCACAAAGAGAUGGCGAAUCAUCUGACGGAGCCCCUGAGGAAUGCCCAAUUCAACAUUCUGCCGAUUAUUCAAACAUGCCUUUGAAAGUGGAAGAUAAAGUUCCCCAACAGGCUCCCUCCUUUCGGAGAGAACAAAGAAAGAAAAAGCCUGCUUUCAAUCUUAACAAGGUACGUUUGAGAAAACAAAAUACUAUGUUGGAAAAACUUUUGGAGCCAGACAUUCGACAUGAACGCAACCUACUGUUGCAAUGCGUACGUUUCGUGUGCGAACACAAUUUUUUUGGAAUAGGUCAAAUCUCGAAAUAACUUGUUAAAGUCACUACUAUACUUUAUAAACCUAAUA